UUUAUUUUUAAUUUGAAAAUAGGAACAAAACAAAAAAAAAUCUGGUGCACAUACACUAAUUUUGCUUCAAACUCUGAAACUUUCAUCAAGAAAUGGUAAGAAUGGAUCAUCCAAGUCCUUUCCAGGUAGGGAGGGAAUUUGUGCGCCAAUAUUAUUCCCUUCUGAACAAGGCACCAGAAAUAUUACACAGGUUCUAUGGAGUGAAUUCGUCUUAUGUGCAUGGAAGCCGUUAUUGCAAUGGAGAGCCAGAAGAAGAGGUUGUUGGACAGAUGGCAAUUCAUAAGAAGAUCACUUCAUUGCAAUUCAAGGAAUGCCAUACUAAAGUAUACCAAGUCGAUGCUCAUGCUACCAUCAGCAACGGGGUUGUGGUACAAGUGAUUGGUGAGCUUUCCAACAAUCGCAAGCCUCUGCGCAGGUUUAUGCAGACCUUUGUUUUGGCACCCCAGGGGGAUAACCCAUACAAGUUUUAUGUUCAUAAUGAUAUAUUUCGUUAUGAAGAUGAGGUGUAUCAAGAUGAAGGACGUCAGGAACAUCUUGAGGAAGAGCAAGAGUUGGAUGAGGAGGUAAAUGUACAACAACCACCACCUCAACCAACACAAUUUGACAACCAUAUUGGCUCUCAGAAUCAGGCUGCUCAAAUUAUCAAUAAUGACCUGGAACCUCGUUUGGAUUCUCAACCUGUCACUUCUGAUGAUCAAGAUUCUCCUGCUUUGGCAAUUUCUCCCCCAAAUCAUCCUGAAUCUGAAACCGAAUCUGACCAUGCUCAAGAUACUGAACCUGUCGACAUUGAACCUCGUAACGAAUCUCCAGUCUAUCCUAACUCAAAUGAGAAUGAAGAACCUCAAUUGGAAGAAACUGCAGAAAAAGAUAUACCAGAACCAACAGACAACAUUAAUUCUGUACCACAUAAGGAACCUGAACCUGUUCAACCUUACUCUUGGGCUGCUCUGGCAUCGAAAAAUACACCAGCACAGCACAACAUUCAGCAAGGCACCGUUGUUAAAGUUAACCAAUCGAAUGAUGGCCCGUCCAUGGAUCAGCAAAAGCAACAAGUUCGUAGUUCUAGACCUCCGGUGACUUCACAGCGAGAUGGUUCGGGUGAAGGCAUGGGAGAUCCGGGCGGACGACGUCAAAGUCGUUAUCCCGAUAACCAGCAAAUCUUUGUUGGAAAUCUUCCUCUAGAAAUUACGGAAUCCGAUCUGCGUGAACACUUUUCUGAAUAUGGUGAAAUUGUUGAAAUUCGAAUUAAUCAUUCGAAUACGAGCAAUCCAAGCUUUGGUUUCAUAAUCUUUGAAGAUCACAAAGCUGUGGAGGAAGUUCUACGUUUGAUGCCGACUACAUUCAAGAAUAAUAAGAGAAUUAACAUCGAAGAAAAGAAGCAGAGAGCGAUGUCACGCGAUGGUGGACGAAGACCCGGUCCAGGUCGGUGGGAAUCUGGUCGAGAUAAUAACCGCGGUGGUCGUUUACAACAACGUGGUCCACCACGAAGAGACUGGGGUGGGUCAAGGGAAGGUCAACGUCCUAAUAAUUUCCCUGGUCGACGGUGAUCAUUUGCUAGCUAUUUACUAAAAUGUAUACAAUUCAGUCACAGUUUUCUUAUAAAGGAUAGCUGUUUAAAAUACUUGGACUUUAUCACUAUUUCCUUUUUGCCACCAGUUGAAAUUGUGCUAAUACCAUCUGUUCUGGUGUAUUUAUUAUUAUUGUUCAGACUGUAAAUUCAGCACCUCUUUCAAGCGAGACAUUGUAUCAAGCGUCUAGCAAUCUUUUCUACCUAAUUUCCCCGUGAUAACUAUUAUGAGUUCCGGCAAGGGAAUGCCAAAAGUGCAAUCAGUUGUCAGACCCAAUAUUUUGAUUUGUAGAUUACAUAUCUACACUCUUGCGAUUUGAAUACCGACUGGGCGACUCUUGGCAUUUUCUUUCCUUCCUGUCUUUCAGUUUCAUUUGUUUUCAGUGUCCUUCGAUAUCUGUAUAAAAUGUUUGAUGUCCAUUUGACUUAAAUUCAUAUACAAAUCGACGCCGUUCAUGUAUUGUGUUCUCUAAUAUUACUUUGUAAUUAAUGCAGAUAAUUCAUUUCAUUGGCUUGUUUAUUGUGAUAGAUUUUGGUUUUCUAAUUUCGGCAAAGUUAGGAAUGUUUCUGUCUGAAUGACAUGCUGUUUUUCGAUUUUGAUUUUUCUCUGCAUUUUUCCUAGUUCAAAUAUUCGAUACAAUUGACCUAAAAUCAUUACAUGAAUUCUGUUAUUUCCCAAUUUAAAGUACGUUUCAGCGAAAACUGUAUAAGAACUCGGAAUACAUAAAUUUUGUUAAAACAAUUCAUCGUAUAACCAUACCAAGUCUGCAUAUGAAAUGAUAAGUGACAUAAAGGUGUUUUUUUCCCAAAGUUUUCUUAGGAUAUAAAUAUUUGAUUAUAACUGUCAUACAUGCUUUGAUGCUUGAGCAUUGUCAGAAUUACUUAGCCCAAUGGUUCAUAAUUUGACUUACGGUAUUUUCUUAUUGUUAUUGAAUUAGAGUUAGGAAUUUUUCUGACUACGCAAGGUCUUACAAUGUGCGCUUUUCGCAUUUUUAUCAUUAAUUCUUAUUCAUUUUCAACUGAUCUGCCGACAAUAACUAAUAUUACCGGCCCACUGUGUUACUCGGGAGUACAGUAACGAUUUCUCUCUCACUUUCUCUGUCUUCGAGCGGCCUAUGUGUGCUUUUUAUCCAUUUUUGUACGGUUUCGUUGAUAGCGAUUAAAUUUUUUUCCUACAAUAAUUUGCACUCGAGUGUUGUUUGGCUUUGUUUUCUUCUCCAAAAAGUGUAAUCGAUUUGUACCUAAGUUACACUGAUUUAUGUCUUCGCCGGCACGAUGCUCGAGCGUUAUAAACAUGUGAGGUGUUAUGUGAUUUUAAUGUUCCGUGUAAGAUUUUCUUAGUUACUCGACUAGUAACUGUAUAUUUAUAUCAGCUUAAAUGCAAAACUUAAUGUUUACAUGAAGUCAGUCAUUCCCAGAUAUUUUGUCCCACUUUGAUGAAACUGUUGAUUAUUUCAAUAUUGCCGAUUAUGGGUCUUAGAUAAAGUGUAACACCAAAUUUUCAGUCUUUUUCUGGAGUAUGUUGUUCUGAUAACGAUUUCAUAACUGGAUUAUGUAAUAAGGUGAACAGCUUUCUCCAUUGACUCGUUUUAUAUACAAUGUUCAAGCUAUAAACCUGUGGAGUUAUUAUUACAUUAUGCUUGGCAAGUUAAGUUAUCCUACCAAUUUUUUUUUUGAAAUUUAUCCUUGAUUUUUCACUUGUCAUGCAUAGUGCUGUAAUGCUCGGGUAUUAAAUGAGUUUUUACUUUAUAUCAAUGCUUGCUGUUUUCCCGCAACUAUGAAUUUCAAAAUUUCGAUUUCAAUUUACUGUAUAUUUCAAUUUAGCUAUUUGCUAAUGAACUAGUAAUAGUGUUUGAAACUUCAGUUCAUAUACCACAAAUAAAAAUGUCAAUUUAUCAAUGAUAAACUUUUUGUAAGCAGAUAGGACAUAUCUAAAUGUGUUGCUGUUUUGCAAUACUAGUCUUUCAAUUAAAAAAAAGAAUUCUCUCUAUAAGUGACGAUAUUUCAUGAUUUUUUGUCAAAAAAAUGUUCGAAAAAUGCAGUAGAUUCAGACAUCUAAACUUAAAAAAAUAGCUUUGAAUAGAUUUGAAGCUUGGAUCAUUCUAAAUUCUAGGGCACUCGCUUGUUAACCUUGUUUAUUGGAAAAAACUGUAAUACUGGUCAAGUUCGACAAAGCAUGAUUCGAUAAUGAAAUUCAUAGUUGCCUUCAGUGAUUGUGUAUGCAUCUUGUUUUUCGAAACCGGUAACUUAUGGUCUGGUAAUAUUUUGAAAAUGAUUUGAAAUAAAAAUUUCAUCUUUUUUUGCAG